AUGAAGAUCUUUUGGGAAAGUGAAAACUGGCCAGGAGCCACUAUUGAACCUGGUAUUACAUCGUUAAGCUGGGUACCUUCGGCGGAUAAACCUGGUUGUGGUCUUCUAGCAGCGGGUUCCGAAUCAGGAUCAGUUGGUAUCACGGCAACCGCUGUUUAUCCUGAAAAUGAUGACUUUAAACGAAUUAAUUUUAACUUGCGGGGGCACCAUAGUGCUGUUAGCAUCGUAGCCUGGAAUCUCGAACAAACUAAACUCGCGAGCUGUGAUUUAUCUGGCAUAAUUUACGUGUGGGUACCAAAUGAAGAAAGGUGGAGCGUUGAGCUUGUAAAUGAUCGAGGCAUAAAAGUCCGAGAUGUUAGUUGGAGCCCUUGCGGAACUUCUGCAUUAAUUUGUUAUGACGAUAACUUUGUUCUGAUUGGAUCAUCGACUGGUCAGCGAAUUUGGUCAUUUUCAUUCCCGGUUACAGUCAUUUGUGGAGUUUGGGCUCCAGACUCUCGUGAACUAAUUCUUGGAUUUACUACAGGGAAAAUCCAAGUGCUUUCUGAACAAGGUUUGGAUAUAUUCUUUUACUUGAGGAACAACGGUGAUUUAGAGCGGGCGCUGGUUAUUGCAAACAUGCUGUGGAAUUUUGAUUUAUUUUUUUAUUUAUUUGACUCGGGCCUAGUUUAG